UCAGAGACUAAAUGGCUUGCAGUCUGCACUCUGAGAAACUCAAACUCUUCUGUCUGGACCAUCAGCAGCCAGUGUGUGUCAUCUGCAGAGAUUCAGAGAAACACACCAACCACAGAUUCAGACCCAUCGAUGAAGCUGCUGAGGAUCACAAGAAGAACCUUCAGAAAACUCUGGAACCUUUAAAGGAGAACCUGGAGCUCAGGAAGAAAGUUCUAGAGGAGUUUGAUCAGACAGCAGAACACAUGAAGGUCCAGGCCCGACACACAGAGAGGCUGAUUAAGGAGCAGUUUAAGAAGCUUCAUCAGUUUCUAGCAGAGGAAGAGGAGGCCAGGCUGGCUGCACUGAGGGAGGAAGAGGAGCAGAAGAGUGGGAUGAUGAAGGAGAAGAUGGAGGCUCUGAGCAGAGAGAUAGCAGCUCUUUCAGACACAGUCAGAGCCACAGAGGAGGAGCUGAGAGCUGAAGACGUCUCAUUCCUGCACAACUACAAGGCUGCAGUGGAAAGAGUCCAGCGCUGCCCCCUGCUGGAGGAUCCACAGCUGCCCUCAGGAGCUCUGAUAGACCAGGCCAAACAUCUGGGCAACCUGGCCUUCAACAUCUGGAGCAACAUGGAGAACAUGGUCUCCUACACUCCUCUCAUCCUGGACCCAAACACUGCUUAUCCAUGGCUCAUCCUGUCUGAAGAUCUGACCGGUUUGAUGUUAGGAAAGAAACAGCAGCUUCCCGAUAAUCCAGAGAGGUUUGGAUCAUGGUGGUCUGUCCUGAGUUCUGAGGGCUUCAACUCAGGGAACCACAGCUGGGAUGUUGAUGUUGGAGACAGUGAAGCCUGGGAGGUUGGUGUGAUAGCAGAGUCUGUCCAGAGGAAGGAAGUCAUAAAGUCUGGAUGGUUGGUUCUUUGGUUCUAUGAAGGUAAAUACUCAGCACGGUCUCCUCCAGCUCCUCGCAUGGAUCUCUCAGUCCAGAAGAAGCUCCAGAGGAUCAGAGUGAAUUUGGACUGGGACAGAGGAAAGCUGUCAUUCUCUGAUCUGGACACUAACUCACACAUACACACCUUCACACACACCUUCACUAACAAGAUGUUUCCAUACUUCAACACUGAGGGGAAAGUAAAAAUCCUACCGAUGAAGAUCUCAGUGAGCAAACAGCAGCUCUGAUGUUCUCAGCAUGAAGAACACAAAGUCCAGAUGAAACCUUGUUGAUCUGAUUGAAACUCAGUGAUUUUAAACAUAAUCUUGGAGUUUUUUAUUCUGAAUUACUUUGAAUUUAAAGUUAGUUCUUGGGUUACUUUAUAUUUUGGGUUAUUAAUCAGAUUUAUUUGUAGGUUAAUAAUUAUUGAAAUGUUCAGUUUUUGUCAGUCAGGAAGAACUGUGGGGGCAUUUCUAUGAGUAAAGGGACUGUUUAGGACCAGAAUGCACUGGGGUGGGUCUAUGGUUGUUUUUCCAGAGCAGGAGAAGCUGCAGGAAA